UGGCCUGCGCCGUGCGUAGCCCUGUUUACGCGGGAUCAAAACUUUAUACAGUUUGUGCCUUCGAAAAAUAACAAAUACAUAUACCGAUACCGCGCACAACUCAAGCCUUGCUGACCCGCGUUCGAGCGAUUUGAUGCCGUGAUGACACAAGAGGAGGAUAUCAUCCGGAUCGCGAAAAAACUGGACAAGAUGGUGUCUAGAAAUAGCACGGAAGGGGCCCUGGACCUGCUGAAGGAGCUGAGGAACUUCAGUAUGACGCUUAAACUCCUCCAGGAAACAAGGAUUGGCAUGUCUGUGAAUGGUAUCCGGAAGCACUGUACAGAUGAAGAGGUCAUUAGCUUGGCAAAGGCCCUUAUUAAAGACUGGAAAAGACUUCUGGAUUCGGGUCAGUCUCAGAAUGAGAAGCUAAUUGAAAUGAAGAAUGGUUUUGGUUCGAGCAAAACAGCGGUGUCCCCAAGCCACUCACCCUCUGAGAAACAAAGCAGUCACAGGAGGGCGGAUGUUGAAAUAAAACAUGACUUAUAUCUCGAAAAGAAACAUACCGAUAGAAGCAGAGAAGAAAAACACAAAGAGGAAAACAAGAACAAAAAGGGACCCGGCGAGGUGAAGAAAGAGAGACACAUGGACGAGUCCAGAAAUGCAACACACCUGGACGAGCCCCCGAACGAGAAGCACGCGGAAAUCAGAGGGGAGCGGCCUUCGGAGGAACACGGAAAAUACCGAGUCACAGGAGCGCCGAAGCAGGAUGGACAAGCGGAUCACAAAAAAGAGAGACCUGUCCACAACCCGCCGGGCAAAAAGCACGGGCAAGAGCCGAGGAAAGAAAAACCGCUGGAGGAAUCCAGAAAGGUGAGACACUUGGAAGAGCCCAAAAGGGAUAGACACCCCAGGGAACCAACAAAGCACAGACAGGAGGAGGACGUCAGAAAAAGCAAACACACAGGAGUCCUCAGGAAAGACGAGCAGACGGAGGGGCACAGGGCUGAGAGGCCGGUUAACGGACCCCCGUGGGAGAGACCGCUGUACGAACCCCGCAGAGAGAGGCCUUUGUCUGAAUUCCAGAAGGAGAAACCUGCAGACAUUCACAGGCCCAUAUUUGAACGGAAAGCACCACCAGACCCAAAUGCUCCAAUUGCUCCUCUUCCUUUUCAUCUUCAUCCUCCUCCGCAAAGAAAAGAGCCUCCAGACCCCAACGCUCCCAUUCCUCCUCUUCCUCUUCACCUCCACCCCCCUCCGCCUGUCAAGCGUCCCUCGGAGGAUGGGAAAAAGGAGAGAAAAGAGUCUGUGGACUCCAAACCCCCUUCGGUCAAGAAGACGUCAGACCACGUGAAGAAAGAGAGGAAGGACUCGUCGGAUAGUAAAGUGACUAAAAAACCCUCGGCGGAUGCCAAGAAAGAGAGGAAAGAUUCAUCUGAGUCAAAACCGCCACCUCAAAAAAAGCCCAGCUUGGAUGUCAAGAAAGACAAAAGCAGGAAGGACUCCUCUGAUUCGAAACCUGGCCUUCCUGUGAAACGGCAUUCAACUGACACCAAAUCUGACAGGAAGGAGUCCACUGAAUCGAAGACUGACAACUUAUCUGCGGCAAAGAAGCUUACAGGGGAAAGGAGAGAGUCUACCGGCUCCAAGCCCUCUCACCCUGGCCCUCUGCAGAGGAAGUCCUCCACCGACAGUGUUGAAAGGAGAGUGAAAGCUGAUACUCCCAAAACACCCACCACCCCGAGCAGCCCCAUGUCGCCUGGCUUCAGCUCUGCUGGAGGUCCUCUGUCCCCUCGACUGGCCACAGGAGACUCCGUCAGAGACAAGUGCAUUGAGAUGCUGGCUGCUGCCCUGCGCACAGAUAAUGACCAUAAAGAAUUUGGAGCAAACUGCGACGGCAUGGCAGCAGAGAUUGAGGAUCAUAUCUACCAGGAGAUAAAGGCCACUGAUAUGAAGUAUAAGAACAGAGUACGUAGUCGCAUCAGCAACUUGAAGGACCCCAAGAACCCUGGGCUACGCAGGAAUGUCCUUGCAGGAGGCAUCGAACUCAGCCGCAUCGCCUCCAUGACUGCCGAGGAAAUGGCCAGUGAUGAGCUAAAACAGCUGAGGAAUGUUUUGACCCAGGAGGCCAUUAGGGAACACCAGAUGGCCAAAACUGGUGGCACCAGCACAGACCUGCUGCAGUGCAGCAAGUGCAAGAAGAAAAACUGCACAUACAAUCAGGUGCAGACCCGCAGCGCUGAUGAGCCCAUGACCACCUUUGUCCUCUGUAAUGAGUGUGGUAACCGCUGGAAGUUCUGCUGAUGCCUUCCGGCUCGAUGACAGUUUCCCUGAUCACAUCAGACGACUUUUUCUUUAUUCUAUGAGUGAAGGAGAAGACCGUUCUGAAAUAUUGCAGCUGAUGAUUUAACUGAAUGGUAGUGUUUUUAUGAUUUAUACUUGAAUUUUUAAGAUUUUUAAGCAUGUGCUUUAUAAUUGAGACUGAGUCGGGGUUUUCAUGGGCAGGAGGAAUAGCGAGUUUGAUCACAGGGUCAUUUAAUCAACCCUGUUGGGGAGAACGAGUGAUGUCAUGGUGCCUUUAGGGUGGAAAGGUUAUCGAAAAUACAGUUAAUGAGUAAUGUCAUUUUGCAACCAUUCACUUUGUAUAUACCUAAUUCCAUUAAGCCUGCACAAAAUACAGUAGCAACAUCAAGGCUUUCCAAACUGCUCGGUUUAAUAAACAGUUUUGACAUUCAACCUUUUUUUUGUUCGUUUGUCUCAUUGCUUGUACUCCCCAGAAUAUCUUACAUGGACUGUAUGCUGGUCUCGGUGGCUUUCACAUUUCUAGUGAAACUGUAAUGCAGAUAAUUAUGUUUGAUAUGAAAAGGGGUGAUUUUAUUCAUUGUCUGUCGGGAGCAUACCUGAGCGGUUUUUUUUUUGUGGACAAUCUCCAAUGUUGCAAUUUACUGUGAUUUUUUUUAACUUGGUAGCUAGUAAUUGCUAGUUUCGUUGAAUCAUUCAAAUAAACUUGGUCAUGAACAGGAAAAAACUGGAAAUUGAAUACAAAUUAAUAAUUUGCAUUGUAUUUGCAAUGAAUCCAUCUUUCAAGAGGGCCUGAGAUUAAACAUGCAAUUGCUUUGUUGAUAAUUAGUAAUGAAUAUGUGUGUAGGCAUAAAUCAACAUAUUAAGUGGAUGUUAGGAUAACUGAAGCUCAAAUG